CGAGAGAGAGACGAGGGACUGGCCGAACGUUGGUGACAUCAUCAUCGGGGAACUCCAGACAGAGAUUGACAGGACGAAGAGCUUUCAGCUGAAGUUUCCACUCCAAGGAGAGGUUGAUGACGUCACAGACCAGGCCAACCGCCUCCAGGAAAACCACGUCAUCCUAUCCCACCACAACGUCCACAGACUAGAGGACUUCUCUCAGAGAUGGGCUAGCUUGAACCAGAUGUUGCAAGAUCGACUGCAACAUUUACAAGAUGCUCUGAAUGCGUAUGGUCCCAACUCUCAACACUUCCUCACAGCUUCUGUGGACAGUCCGUGGGAGCGAGCGGUGGCUGGAAACAAAGUGCCUUAUUACAUUAACCAUGCCACAGAAACCACCCAGUGGGAUCAUCCUCAUCUGACAGUGCUGAUGGAUGCUCUAAUUGAGCUGAACAAGAUCCGCUUUGCCGCAUACAGGACGGGGAUGAAGCUCCGCAUGCUACAGAAGAAACUUUGCUUGGAUAUGGUACCCCUCCAGUCGGCCGUGGAUGCAUUUGACAGCCAUGGGCUGAGGGGGAGGAACGACAAACUCAUCGAUGUAGGGGAGAUAAUUGAGUGCCUCUCCACCGUGUUUGAAGCCGCAGCGAAGGAGCAUCCAGACAUCGUCAACGUUCCUCUGUCUGUGGACCUGACUUUGAACUGGAUCCUGGACGUCUAUGACAGUGUGCGGAGCGGGAAGCUGCGAGUCCUGUCCUUCAAGGUCGGCCUCAUCUGUCUGUCCCAGGCUCAACUAGAGGACAAGUACCGAUACCUGUUCCGACUGAUCGCCGACACAAAUGCGUUCUCGGACCAGCGCAAGCUUGGGUUGCUCCUACACGACUGUAUGCAGAUCCCGCGACAGUUGGGGGAGAUUGCAUCGUUUGGUGGGAGCAACAUUGAGCCCAGCGUGAGAAGCUGCUUUGAAAAGGCCAAUGGCAGACCGGAGAUCGAAGCCUCCCACUUCCUGGAGUGGCUGAGGUUGGAACCCCAGUCCCUGGUGUGGCUCCCUGUGCUACACCGGCUGGCCGCCGCAGAGACGGCCAAACACCAGGCCAAGUGUAACGUCUGCAAGGAGUUCCCCAUCGUAGGCUUUAGAUACCGCUGUCUGAAGUGUUUCAACUUUGACGUGUGCCAGAACUGUUUCUUCUCCGGUCGCAUCGCCAAAUCCCACAAGUUGACGCACCCCAUGCAGGAGUACUGCACAACGACAACCUCAGGUGAAGACGUCCGAGACUUUUCCAAAGUGUUCAAGAACAAGUUCAAAUCCAAACGUCACUUCAAGAAACACCCGAGACGAGGAUAUCUGCCGGUGGAGUCACAUCUUGAAGGAGACAGCCUAGAAAGCCCCAACCCAUCCCCUCAACACAGCAUUUCCCAAGACAUGCACUCCAGGCUAGAGAUGCUCACCAGUCGGAUCGCAGAAGUUGAACAGCGUCAAGGAGCUCCAUCAGACGUGGAUGACGACGAGGAGCAUAAGCUGAUAGCCCAGGCUUCUAAUACCUUGUCCACAUCGAGACCAGAGGAGGAACAUAGGCUUAUCUCUGAGAAGACAAAAGCUUUAAGCAAUCAAAGCAAAGAAGGGCAUAAAGCUAACUGUGAGAACUCAAAAGUCUUAAGCGAUCAAAGAAAAGAUGAACAUAAAGUUAUUGCCGACGACCCGAGAGUGUUAGAUCUAAGCAAAGAAAGACAAGAGGAGCAUAAACGUAUCUCUGACUACUCAAAAGUUUUAAGCACUAGAAGGGAGGACGAACAUCACCUCAUCGCCCAGUAUUGUUCCAGCCUGAAGGGAGACCCAUCAUCUCAUGCUCUGAAGAGUCCCAUGCAGAUCAUGAUGGCCGUGGACGCAGACCAGAGGCAGCAGUUGGAGAACAUGAUCCGAGACUUGGAAGACGAGAACAAAACGUUGCAAGUUGAGUACGACCGGUUACAGCAGGCAGCCCAACAGAGGAGCGACACUUCCUUCCUGCUCCUCAGCUCGGAGGAGAACAACGGGGGGGAGGCGUCGGGCGACCACAACGAGGAGAUGAUGGCGGAGGCCAAGCUGCUGCGACAACACAAGGGCCGGCUGGAGGCACGCAUGAGGGUCCUGGAAGACCACAACCAGCAGUUGGAGUCUCAGCUGGGACGUCUCAGACAGCUCCUGGUGCAGCCACAAGCAGACAAGAGUUAUCUCUCCAUCGAUUCCUCAUUACGGACGAGUCCCAUGACCACACCGUCUUCCUCCCAGAGUUCCCUGCCGGCCGGUUCUGGCCGGUACCGGUUCGCUCCCACGUUUGAGUCCACGCCACACACAAGCGGCAACACAAACAUCAAUGACAGUCUUGACGAGAGUGGGGUAUCUCUGGGAGCACAUGCGCCCCCCACGUACAGCGCUGCCAAGAUGAGAGGCAGCAACAACGUGGGUGACCUGUUCCACAUGGCGGGGGAGGUGGGUCAGGCCGUGGGCUCGCUGGUCACCGUGAUGACGGAUGAGGAGGCGGCUGCGCUCAACGGCAGCGACAACACAAACGCCAUCAAACACACGGAACAACUGUAGCCCCCGGGCAUGUUAGCGAAACUGACUGACAGCACAUGGAAUUUUGAUCCAACAAAUUUCAUUAAAUGAAAAUGAUGAUUACUUGUGCCACAUGUAUUCAUGAAGAGAGAAAAUGUGUAUUCUUCAUUCAGUAUCUCCAUUCUUAUACUAUUUAAGUCUUUUAGCAAGUGAAAAGAUUUUUAAUUUGUACUUUUAUUGAUGAAAAUAUUGAUGUAAUUUUUAUGUUGAGUACUGCCACUUAGUUUUUUCGUUCAGCGUUGUGGUAAUGAGGAAAUUACAUCUGCGCUUGAACAGACAGAUAGAUCUUUGAAUAGACACUCUGGUUAUAGAUUUAUGAAUAGACACACUGGUUAUAGAUCUUUGAAUAGACACACUGGUUAUAGAUUUAUGAAUAAUCACACUGGUUAUAGAUCUUUGAAUAACCACACUGGUUAUAGAUUUAUGAAUAAUCACACUGGUUAUAAAUCUUUGAAUAACCGCAUUGGUUAUAGAUUUUUUUUUUAACACACUGGUUUCGAAUCUGUGUUGAGGUUUUUCUAAAGUCUCCGUCAUCAUACAUACAUAGAUAGAUCUAUGUAUUAGAUUUUACAGGAGGAGAAAGUUUGUACACUUUUAGCGCCUGCCAUUCUUGGACGUGGAUAUGUAUGUGGUGAGACGUAGUAUGCUGAAACAGUUUCUUGGUUUCUCAGUUGUGGACUCUCAUUGUAAGACAGUUCCUCUGUUCACGUUUUUGUCGUAGUAUUUGCUUUUGGUAAAGUCUUGUUUAAAAAGUGAGGUUCCCGCGACGUAGAAAGUGCCUAAUCAAAUUGAAUGUGUGAUAUAAAUUGUGAAUUGGUCUUUUUCUCAUGUAUUGAUUGUCACAUCCGCUCUGAAAACAACAAUACAUUCUGCAUAUUCUGCGACACCAAAUAUAAUGUUAUUUUGCCGACCAGAAUGAACCAUUUGUCGAACUUCUUUUCAUUACUUUAUUUUUUCACUCAUUUACAGUGAGUAUGAUCUUUACAGCACGCUAAAUAAAAAUCUUUCGUAAAUUCCUGUGAUGUCCGAACCCUGUGAUAACAUGAGAGAAAUUCAAAAUUUAUUUUUACAAAAUUAAUGCCCUUUUGAAAAAAAAUUUUUUAAAUUGUUCAGCGAUCUGCAUUGGAUAGAGAAGAAUAUUUUACUUCAUAAACAACAUUUUAUGCUGAAUAAACAAACAUUUAUGCUGAAUAAACAAACAUUUAUGCUGAAUAAACAAACAUUUAUGCUGAAUAUUUUGAAUACUGCAACAAUUAUUUGCAGGUAAAAAACAAAACGAGUUCUCCAGCUCAGCUGAACGAGCAAGUAUACUGUCAGUGAUGACGUCAGACCUAGGAGGAAGAAUUGUGUCGCAGCGUGGCCGAAUCAGGAACUCUUUACGUUUUGGGCAUGGAGUUAUUGCUAUUAAAUUGGAGCUUGUUUGAUUUUUAGAAACAUUGUGAAAAAAAGAAUUGAUCUAGAGAAGUUGAGACGGGUAUAAUAGAUAUGUGGGAAUCAAGAAUGUGGGGAUUACCCGAUGUUACAGAUGAACUAGUUAGAAAAUGGCUGCCAAACUUUGGUGACUUUUCAAGCUGAAUAUUUGCUCCCGUUCUACAAAAUACUCUUUAAAAAAUUAUAUUCUUUAAUCAAUAAAGGUUUCUGAAGAAAAAAAAAUACUGUAGCCUACUAAAAAUCUCCCACUCAACAGUGGGAAAAUACUUAUUUCUCCAUUCCCUAAGAUUUGAGAAGUACCUGAUUCCACAGCAAUAGACAACAAUUGUUCUUACAGCCCUGUGUCGAAGAAAUGUUUUCUCAUUGUCUGAAGAAUGGUUCAUUUUGGCUGACCCACGUGGUGUAUCCCAAGUCAUGCUUCUACAUAAACAUUUUAUGAACUGCAGCAUUUUCAAUCUUGCCCCCAAGUUUCCCUCCGACAGUAGCGACAGUGAGGUCUCCCGUGGUGUCAUAUUUCUACACUUUUCUUCUCACACGAAAAAUAAGACUAUUUUUGUCGUCCUAGUGCAAUGCACACAGUUUAGUGCAAUGCACACAGUUUAGUGCAAUGCACACAGUUUAGUGCACUGACUGUUCCUUUGAAGUUGCACCACUUGAUGAACACUUGCACUCUUUUUUAUUCUUUGCUGCGCACAAAUACCUCCCUCAGUAAGAUUAUCUCUGUACGGUAGCUGUAUGUUAGAAAUGUCCACCCCUGAACGGUCAGUGCCACAGCCCCCUGUGUACCCCUCUGGUGUACGUUCUGGCAUCGACUCACCCCAGCCCACCUCUGUCUACUUGCAACAGCUCACCUACUGAAUGGACUGGAUGAAUGGUUGGAAAUACAGCAGACUUGUAGACAACCCCCACCCCACUCAGUACCAAACUUUACAACUCAUUUUUUUUCUGGAAAAUAUUGACCACAGCCUUGAUCUAUGUCGUUUGAAGAAAAAAAAGAAGCAAAUUGCUGUGUGUUCAGCUGAGUGAUUCGGUUACUUUGUCCCCCUUGACUUUUCAGUCUCUCUGGAAAAACUCAGCCCAAUGCUUUCUCUCGUGUUGAGUAGAAUUCUGUCCACACUGUCAGUGAAAUGUACCGGGGGAGGGGGUGGGGGGGGGAGGGCUCUAGGUGGCACAGUCAGAUUCAGUCCCAGAAGUAGAACUGGAAGAGGUUGAAAGAUAAUUCCAAGUGUGCAAGUUUUCUUACCGUAUAUGUAUAUGUAUAUAUAUGUAAAGUUGUGGGGGCAAGUAACAAGUAACAUGGUGUAUACAUUGUCUGUAGAAUUGCAAGUGGUUCCCCCUCCUCCAGUAAGUUGUUGUUGGAUGAUUGUUGAGUCUGCUGGUGAUAAGAAAAGUAAACUGCUUGUUCGUUUUGUGAGGACAAAAUUGUACAAUGUUAUUUUCAUAAUUUCCUAUAGUUGACGUAUUUUGUACACUUGUGUAAAAUCUAGCAGUUGUAUCCCCCUAUGCUAUUGUCCAAUUUGAUGUAUCUCGUGCGAAUCAUCCUUUGCCAUAGACCCGACUAUACAGGCUGGUUCUGAAGGUGCAGUCUGUCACAAGAUUGCCCGUACUGACGGAACAUUUCAAUUCUGCCAUCUCAAAAUUAGCUGGCACCAUGUCGUGUUGAUCAUAAAGAGAAUACAAGUAAACUUAGGAGAUACAUGUGUGUCCUUGAGGCUGCGGCUAUGUGCUCUACGAGCGUGCUGAGUCAGGCUGUUUCUGACACGUCUCAACGGAUAUAGCGGAGAAAGGAUGUGCCAAUACAGUUUUUACCAGUUAUUUGUUCGCCAAAGUAGGUCAUGUGUUCAUCAAAGCAGAAACGACCCAGUUUUUUUUUCAUGUCCAGCGUGCGUGUCCACCCAUGUGUGAGUAGCUCUGACAACACUGUGCCAUUUCUCGGUAUCACAGGCAAUAAACAAUCAAGAGGUUCAUUAAAACAAGGUGGAAAUAAAAAAUGAAUUUUAAUUUAGUAAAAAAAAAAGUUGAUAACUUAUGCAUUUAAACCAGGUGGUUUUUGUGAAGACUGCUAAUUUUGAGGCGCUGAUUAUGAAUAUGACAUUAGAUUUUUCAUGUAAACUUGAAAGUAGAACUUUUUUCAGCUCUAUCUGGGCCUAUGGCUGAUGAGUCGCCACAAGGUCCACCAAUUGUUGCGUGCAGCGUUCCAACCAACCUGGUUCAGGUCGGGUUAUGUUUGUGAACACGCAGGUUUCCCUGAUUGCCAAGGUAAAAAACAACAGCCGAUGCUCCGUUUCAACUGCUCCCAAUAUCCCGAAAGAUAGACCACGUAUGGACUGUCGCUUUCUGGUUUGGUGGACAUACGGCUUUGUGGGUCUAGACGCUUUACACUCUAUAGAAUUUUAGAAUUCAGGGAGGGGGGGGGGGGGGCUGUUUUUAGGAAGUAUUUUUACUAUUAGUGUAUAUAUAAUAGGUGGAAUGUUGGUUUUUUUCUUAGCUUUUUGUACUGACGACAGAUAGCCACAGACAGCCCAGUAUGGGGGCUGGGGGCAUGAUGAUGAUUCCACCCCAGUGUAUUCAUUGUCUUCUCCUUGUCCAAUAAUAAUAUAAGCAAUAAAUACUUUCAAAUCAUU